GUGAUUAAAACGCAGGUGUCUGUUUGUGAUCACAGAGUAAACCUUUAUUGCACCAGAGGGCGGUAAAGACCCAUGAAACUAUCCAACUGUCUACAUAAUCCCAGAUCAGGGGGAGACGGAUGUUCACGGUGUUUGCUGCGGAUAUUCCCCCACAGCACCUGACCUGCGCACCGGCCGGAUCCAUCCUGAUCUGCACUCCAUCCGCCGGGCCUCCAUCUCCUCUCACCCCCCGCUCUCAGCCACCACCAGCCGGCCAUGGCGCUCCGGAGGUUCUUCGUGGGAGGAAACUGGAAGAUGAACGGGAAUAAGGAGAGCCUUGGAGAGCUGAUCACCACGCUAAACACCGCCAGCCUGCACGAUCAGACCGAGGUGGUCUGUGGGGCUCCCUCCAUCUACUUGGACUUUGCUCGUUCCAGUCUGGAUCCCAGGAUCGGGGUUGCGGCCCAGAACUGUUAUAAGGUGGCCAAGGGAGCAUUUACAGGAGAGAUCAGCCCCGCCAUGAUAAAGGACUGUGGGGCAGAGUGGGUGAUCCUCGGACACUCAGAGAGGCGUCACGUUUUCGGGGAAAGUGACGAGCUGAUUGGCCAGAAGGUGGCUCAUGCUCUGGAGAGCGAUCUGGGUGUGAUCGCCUGCAUCGGGGAGAAACUGGAGGAGCGAGAGGCAGGCACCACAGAAGAAGUUGUCUAUGCUCAGACUCAGGUCAUUGCAGAGAAUGUGAAGGACUGGGGGAAAGUGGUGCUGGCGUAUGAACCCGUGUGGGCCAUUGGCACCGGCAGGACGGCCACUCCUGAGCAGGCUCAGGAUGUCCACGAGAAGCUGAGAGCCUGGAUCAGAGCAAAUGUCUCAGACGAUGUGGCUGACACUCUGCGCAUCAUCUAUGGAGGUUCAGUCACAGGGGCAAACUGCAGAGAGCUCGCCUCUCAAGGUGAUGUGGAUGGCUUCUUGGUGGGAGGAGCCUCUCUAAAACCAGAGUUUGUUGAUAUCAUCAAUGCACGGGAAUAACCUACACGGAUACCCAUCAGCACAGGAUAUCACUACCCUUUAGACUUUCACAUGUUGUGUUUGUGUAGCCUGGGCUGUCUGAUCCACACACACACACACGUAUGUAUACACACCAAAGGAUAACUACAGAUUAGUUAAAGUCCUUCAUUUUGUGUUUAAGUUUUAUUUAUAUUUUAUCAUUUAAGUGUCCGUCUCUGUAUUUUAGAGUUUGCGAGGAUAAAAAUAAAAAUAUGGAGCAAUAUCACAACAUUAGAAAACACUUUUUAAGUUUUCAUUACUUCCUGUUAUUAAUUCAAACAGUAGUUUUUCCUACAGAGUGUCAGCCCAGGUUGUUUUGUGUUUGCUUUCAGAGU